CUGAGAAGUUAUCUGAUAUGUACCUUCGCUAUGUAUAGCAUAUCCAGAAGUUAUAUUUGUUGAAAACUAUUUGCUACUGCUUGAACUGGCUACACAUGUAUAAGCAUACCAAACAAGAAAUUUCGUACAAAAUUAUCUUAUAUAAACACAAGCAUAUUUGUACAAGAAAAUUGAUCAUGCUUGCUCAAGUAAGUGAAGACAUACAGAUAUUACAUAAAACAUCCAGAAAGUCUAAAGAUAAAUGACAAGUCAAAAUGAAGCGGGAGCUCAAAUAUGGUUAAGAUGG